CGAACCUUAUCUGCAUGUGACUCUGUCUGUUGUCCACCAAACACUUGCAAAGCUCCAAAGCACAGUGAUAUCAUUGAACAAACCAUUUCAUUUCAUUUCUUGCUGACUCAAUUCAGUCUUGGGACAAAUAUGAACACCUUUUCCUCAAUUCAGCGUUUCCCUUGCUCAAGAUUUUACUCUUUCACUGCCACAAGGACUCAAGUUCCUUUUCGUGCAAAGGUCUUCUUGUGCCAGGCAAAAUCUGGCAUAGAUGGACCAUUGAACUUAAAAGUGAUAUCCCCCACUCUGUUAGCAGCAGAAAAGGAAGAAGCCAAAGCUGUAUUGACACUGUUUUUGAAGAAACAAGGUUUGAGCAAUGCGGUUGCAGCUAGAACGAUCAACAAGUCUGAUCUUUUUAUUGAUCACCUUGUCUCAAAGCUUCACUCUAAGCACAAAUCUUGGUACCUUGCAGGUAGGGAGCUUACAACUCUAGAGAUAAGAGAUGCUCUUAUCGCAUAUCUCGAAUCCCUUUUCAAAGAGCAUGGAGACAUUCUAAUGAAUGUUGUGGAAAGUUAUCCAAAUCCACCUGUUAAGGAUAAAUCAGCUGUGCCAAUUCCUUCUCCUAGUCCAGUAGUAGACUCUAAGAAGCUUAAAGCUAUGUCUCGAGUGAGUGAGUUGGACACACAUGCUGGCAAUCUUCGCCCUCAUCUUGUGUAUCUCAUGGAACUUGGUAUGGAUAUUGAGCAGAUUAGGAGUAUCAUAAGAAGAUUCCCAUCUUUUGCCUACUAUAGUUUGGAGGGUAAAAUUAAGCCAGUGGUUGAGUUUUUUCUUGAACUUGGAGUGCCAAAAGAGAACAUUCCAACUAUCCUUACUAAAAGGCCUCAACUAUGUGGCAUUAGUCUAUCUGAAAAUCUUAAGCCCACCAUGAAGUUCUUAGAAUCUUUGGGUGUUGACAAGGAACAAUGGCCAAAGGUGAUCUAUCGCUUCCCGGCCCUGCUAACUUAUAGCAAGCAGAAGGUGUGGGAAAGUGUAGAUUUUCUCUGUGAAUUGGGCCUCUCAGAAGAGAGCAUAGGUAAGAUUUUAACUCGUUGCCCCAAUAUUGUUAGUUACAGUGUAGAAGACAAUCUCCGACCCACGGCUAUGUACUUUCGUUCUUUGGGAGUUGAUGUUGGCAUUCUUCUAUUCAGGUGUCCACAGAAUUUUGGUCUUAGCAUUGAGGCCAAUCUAAAGCCGGUAACAGAAUUUUUCUUGGAUAGGGGAUACACUUUGGAAGAAAUUGGUACCAUGAUUUCAAGAUAUGGAGCCUUGUAUACCUUCAGCUUAACUGAAAAUUUGGUUCCAAAAUGGGAUUUCUUUAUGACCACAGAUUACCCAAAUUCUGAGCUUGUUAAAUUCCCCCAAUAUUUCGGAUACAAUUUAGAGGAAAGGAUUAAACCAAGAUUUGCUCAUAUGAAAAAAUCUGGAGUGAAGUUACUGCUGAACCAGGUCCUUUCACUGUCAAGCAGCAACUUUGAUGAGGCAUUGAAAAAGAAAAUGAAGAAAAUGAAAUUUGAUUAGGAUUCUAGCUUACCAGCACACUUGUUCUAUCAGAUAAUGAAAAUUGAGGCUUUCAGGUUAGAAGAUGCUCAACUUCAUGAUAUUAGUUCUUUUUGGAUCAGUAGCACUAUGACUGACAGUUUAUGUGAAAUGAAAAGUUUCAGUUAUACCGGACAUGGUCAGUCUAUAGCUGUAGCUACUGAGCUGAAACCAAAAUACAGAUCAAGCCCAUAACUAAAGCAUUAAGGUGUAUUGGAGUGAUUUUGAGCAUGCUAGCUUCUGGAACCAACCUGGUCAGCUCUACUUGCCAAUUACUUCUGUAUAUGUGAUUGUUUUUUCCUCCAUAUAUUAACUGGAGUUUUUACUGUGUAGUUUAGUAAAAUAGGUGACUAGGGGAUGCAUGACAUGACAUGACAAUGACACUAAAUUUUGGUAUUUUCUGAUUAACCAAGGUGAUACCUGUGUUUAAAUCAUAUUCUGAUAUGUUCCUUUGAAUUUCCAGGAACCAUACAUCCACGCAGCAUGCACAAAUAACAACAUUUAGGCUAGAAUGUGAGAGCCAAGGAAUUAAUCUUGAGUUUAUUCUCAAAUGGAUGUUUAAGAUUAUUUUAUGGUUAAGAUUAUUUUUGAAGUAAAAUUAAUUUUGAUUAUUUAUGUAUGAUUUUUACUACUCAUUUAAUACACAUUUAUGUAUAUUAGUAUUCAUGUUUUUGUCAUUACAUCAAAUGUUGCUUGUAAGAGUUUUAGAUUCAUAAUUACCUGUGUAAGGUGAUUAAGAGCCUGUUAGGGAGGUAAUGGAAACCAAGUUCCCCAAUUUCCAAAGCAAAGUAACGGAGUUUUAACACAGCAUAAAAAUAUUACUUUCAUCUAACCUUGAGCCUAAGAGUCCUACAACAAAGUGGGAAGAAAUGCUCUUUUAUACGAACUAUGGAUUGAAUUAAUCUGCAACAUGGUUUGAGAUCUAAAAUUAGGAUCAAACACAAGUACAGUAUUGUGGAACAUGUUAUCUAUAAAAAAAAUCCAGUUUACUGGAACAGGAAUUAUAACAUCAAAUGUGUUCUAACAAAAAUAAAAUAAAACCCAAUGUGUAUAAUCCAUAGAUUGAUUAGUAGACACUUCUUUAUUAUUGAAAGAAACAAUCCAUUAAAAAAAUUGUAUAUUGAUCAAUAGAGACAUUCUUUAUAUUUAAACACUAAACACCAAACACAUCUAUUACAACUAUGUUUAUAAUGCUUAAUAAUACAUCUACCUUGUGAAAAUGUCAAUUGCAGUCUCUCCUUGAAUCUACUAGCGUUAAAAACUCUUGAGAAACUUGUUGGAGGCGUAAAAAGUUAUUAUAUUUACUUCAUGUAAUGUUACUUUAGCUUAAAAAGGUUGUGCCAAAAAAUAUUUAUUUGCAAUCCUGUAACCUGUCAUUUUAGGUGAUUUAUAGCGUGUUUGAAUUCAGAUUAAUUUAUGUUUAUUUUAAUGAUAUUAGUUAUAACUUGUAACUUUUGCAUAAAUUCAUGUUUAUAAUUUUUUUUAACAUGCUUUUAAAUAUACACUUAAUAUAAAAAUACUUAUAUUCUUUCUGCGUCUCUUAUCUUAAAAUACUUGUAUUCUUUCUCUACAUCUUAUCUUUUAUUUAAUCAGAUUAUUUGGCUAGUUGUUAGAGAUUUCAAUCAAACUAAAGUGCUUUUCAAAUUUGUCAAAACACCAGUCUUAGUUUAAAAGGUUUUUAAAUUUACUAAAACUCGAAUAACUCAACCAUUUUUUUUGUCUUUUCUCAUUUUUAUUUCAGUUCCAUCUCAUUAACCCAUGCUAGUAUGUCAAGCUUGUUUUGCUAAUCCGGCAGUGUGAACGUUAUUAGACUUGAGACUUAUUGGACCUUGUAUGCGUCACCAACCAUUAUAUUGAGGUAUCAUACCAAAAGGGUGGAUGCUUUAUUUGCCAUUACCACAUGCGGUAGUUUAGAGAGUACAACAUAAACUUGAUUCUGAUAAGGAUGAGCUACAGGCAUGCAACUAGUUCCAUUCCAUUAAUGUCUUGUCAUCCAAUCCUUCCUAAAUUGACCCCAUAACAACCUAAAGUUAGCUAGCUAUGUGCAAAUAUUUCAACCAGUAUGUACAUGGGUGAUGGGUUUCCCGGAAAAUAACAAGAAUUCAAAUGUUCCAUUUUUUCCAUAUAACCCAUAUACAUUGUAUUUAGUAAAGGUGACAACUAGUAGAAUUUAGUUUCCUAGCUAUUAAGUAAUUUAUUUAUCUUUAUGUAGAAUUACCUUGAAAAUUUUUGCCUAAUUUUUAAAAUUUAUUUAUCAUUUGAAGAAAUUACCUAUCUUUAUUACAUUGGAUUUUCACGUUCCUUUAAUAGGUGAAUUAAGUCUCAUUUGCCAUCUACUGCCAUUGAUCUUGAGAAAAUACAUGAGUGAUGAGUUCAAAUUUCUAAAGAGAGAGCAAUGGGUCUAGUCCCAUAGUUAAUUCCUAAUGAAAAGUUUUAUACUUUCACCACAUUUUUUUGUUGUGUUCACACCAAAAUGGCAAAUUACUAAAUUGUUCAGAACAAGAAAAAAUGGGGUUAGGAUCAAAUUGUUCAGUAAAAUAAACUUAUUUAUCUGUAAGAAAAGCUAAAUUAGUUCUGAUAAAUACAGGCAAAAGCUCAAAACUGCAAAUUAAUUAUUUAUUUAACAUGUGAUUAUUUAUUCUAUUGAUUUACUUUUUCCCCUAAUUUUUUAAACACUUUAAUUUCUCCACAAAUUCGUUAAUUU